AUCCUAGUUUGGAGUUACGUUUUGAUCACAGACUCAAGUGUCCCUCUUGCUAUAUACACGCAAAUAUGUGACUAGAAUCAAUGCACAACUUCUGUUGGAAUCGGUGGUAUCAUUUACAUGGGAUUUAUCAAGUGAUUUUCAUUCGUAUCAUGGAUUUAUAUUUAUAGGAACAUUUAAUUAAAACCGUAAAAUAUGACAGACGCAGUAACCCAGACAUUUAGUGACAGGUCGGACACUGUAUCGGAGACAGGCACCAGUGGAGAAGGUGUAACCAUGGGUGCCGGCGCGUCCCAGGAAGAGGUCCUGCUGGACGAUGAGGCAGAACCACAGACUUCAAAUGAGAAAAGUCUCCCAACCCCUCAGGCAAACAGGGCGGCCUCUAGGACAAGUCUACAAGGCGGUCAGUUACACAGAGGUGAUGGCCAAGAUGUGCCUGUGACAGUGACAGAAAAGGGGUUCUCUAUACCAGAGGUCACCAUUAUAGAGGGGCAGUUUGUGUCUUUUAUGUGGGAGGAUUCAAAGUCAAAGCUGAACAUCGUGCAGGUUGUCCAUGAUGGCGAAAAGCUGAGACCUGUUAUUGGUGGAUUUGAGGCCAAGGCUGCAGAGGUCAAAGGUCACUAUGACCAGCAGUUCAACUCAGAAGGAGACUACAAGUUUGCUAUUAACGGUAUCCGAUGUACUCCGCUGAGCGUGACCGUGAAGAGGAAGGUGGAUUUGCUGAUAGAGAUUACAGACGAGGGAUUCCAACAGUCCGUAAUAUAUGUUGACCAGGGUCACUCGGUCAAGUGGCACUGGACUGACUGUAAAACACCACAUGCUGUACAGAAGGUGGAAUACUCUAUAGAGAAGAAAUGCUUUGUUAGGAACACAGAGAAUUCAAAAGCUCCAGUUACCAGUGACUCGUAUAGAGAAACCUUCCCGAAACCAGGACUGUUCUUUUUCAAGACCGAGAGCAACAAAAGCAGCAAUGCAUUUUGUGUUGUACAUGUGAGAGAAGCUCAGAGAGAGUUCCGUGUUGAGAUCCUUGACAGAUCAUUCCAGCCGAUGAUCCUUUUGGUGGAGGAGGGUGACCGUGUGUGGUGGUCCUGGGAUAAGUUCAAGUGUAAGAAAUCCCACAGUGUGUACCAGAUUGAAGCGCCACCUAUUGAUCAGGAUGAUGAGGAACCUUACCAGCCAGUAGAAGAUGGUUUUAGGUGGGCAACACCAAGUAAACAAGGACUGAUGUCCCAGGAGUUCUUUAAGCCAGGAGUGUAUUACUUCUCUGAUCAGAACCAACAGGAAGCCGCGGAGUAUAUAGGGACGAUCAUAGUGAAACCUAAACAGCAGGAACACUAUAUAGAACUGACUGCACAGAAGGGAUUCGAGCAAGAUGUGGUGAAGGCCCAGUCUGGGGACAGACUCUGGUUCCACUGGGACAAGGAUCAAGCUACAAAGAAUAACUUCAAGUUCGUCAUACAACAGAUCGGCAAAUGUCUCAGUCCGCUGGCCAAGCCUUCGUCGCCCAUAGACGAAACUACACAACUAGAGGAUCCGUUAGAUUCUGAUGCUAUGGGUCUGUGUGCCCGGGUCGGCCUAGCGACAGCGGUGGUGCCCGCUACUGGUGUGUACCACUACCGACUGUAUGCCACAGAGGACACCAAAGACAUCAAUACCAAGGAUAUGAACACCUGUUCUGUCAUUGUUAACCCUGGACCAAAGAAUCAUACAAUCCAUCUGACAGACAGUGGGUUUGAGCCCAAGGUGAUCACAGUCAGACCCAGUGACAGAGUGUGGUGGGUGUGGCAGGGAGGAAAGAAACCCCACAAUAUCAUACAGGUGUCCCACCAAGGCAGCCAUAUAGAUGAUGGAUUCUGUAGCGGUAUGUUCCGUGACCCUCCCUCUGCCUAUGUCCACCAGUUCACAGAGGCAGGCGUAUUCUACUUCAUCAGCUCCAGCAUUUCCAAGGUGUUUGGUGCUAUUGUUGUAUCAACACAACCAGUUGUUCAUGAGGUCAAGGUCGGCAUGGCGGUCAAUCCCGAUCCCCUAACAGUCAAACAAAAUGAUAUUGUGGCAUGGACAUUCCGCAGCACUCGUCAGUAUGACAUCAUGGAGGUCCAAAGUAUGGAUCAAAUCACACAGGACUUAGGGGAGGAGUUAAAGGUCCCCAAACGGAGAUGUCUCAGCCGCGCCAUCAAACAACCAGGAGUUACACAGUUCUACAGCAAAUCUUUCUUCCAGAACACUGGAGACAAAGAUAAAAUGGAGGCACCCAAAAUCAGCAGUGUGAUUUGUGACGAGCGCUAUGACAACAUGGUGAUCCGAGUGACAAGUGCCGGCUUCAGUCCUACAUUCUGUUACAUCCUCAAGGGUCAGAGUGUACUGUGGACCUGGAAAGGUACAGAUGAGGAACACAACAUCGUUCAUGUUGGCACUGAUGACACCAGGGACGAUCCCCUGAACCCAGUGAAAGGCCCCAAGUCAUUUAACAGUGGCCAGAAAGUGAAGAAUAACAGUUUCCUGUACACUUUUGAUGAGCCUGGAUCGUACAGUGUUGUGUCCCGUGGAGCUGACGGCUUUGCUUGCACGGUCUACGUCCUUCGAUCAGGUCCAAAGGUGAAAGAACCCACCGUUGAGGCGUCUAAUGGUGGUAGUCUGAAGCAGUAUGAUAAGGUUCAACUAUCCUGCUCCACUCCUGGGUCCAAGAUCUUCUACACCAUCGAUGGAUCACCUCCACUCCUCCACCUUGAGGCAGCAAAGCUGUACAAGCAGGAUAAAGGAGUUAUCAUGAAACAGCCAGGCAUCAAGUUUGUCCGUGCCAUCGCUGUACUGGAACGCUCGCUCAACAGCAGCAUAUUUACCUCUAAGAGAUUUUUGGUAUCGGAUGACGAUGGUGCUGACCGUCAGUCUCUAUCUUCUGCAGCCUCUGUAUCUGAACAAAGACCAAAACCAAGUAAGGAUGGUCCCUGGGAGUGGUGGGACUGUGUACCACAUAUCAAAGCAUGCUUCACCGAGCCAGGGGUGAUGGAGGUGUUCUGGAACCGGCCUGAGUUUGGCCAACUUCCUCUCAUCAAGGGCUAUGAGUUAUUCCUGAAUGGAGUGACAUAUUGUGAUAUGUUUCCACCGAACAAUACCAGCAUCAAUAUCAGUGGCAUGGCUGGAGGUCGGAUGUAUGAGGUCAAGGUCGAAGUCUACCCUAUUCAUAACCAAUACAAACCUCUCCUGUCCAAUAUCUUGGUAAUGAAAUGCCCUAAGCGAACUCCCGAUGGUGGACCAGUGAUCUCCCUUGAACGUACAGAGCGUCCUGACGCCCUUGCUGUGGUGUGGAUGGCCAUUGAUACACCAGAUUAUCCUAUAUCGGGCUAUCUCAUCUUCCUGGAUGAGGUCCAAUGUGGCAGUAGACUGGUACCAAGUCCAGACAGUGAUCGGUGUAAGGUCGUGAUUGGCGGUUGUACCCUGAGGCAGAUCCACAGGGUAUAUGUGAAAGCCCUCCCUCAUGGAGCUACCAAUGUUGACAUAGAGUAUGCCAAGACGUCCAACCUUUUAGAGGUUACCCUGCCUCUGGACUUUGAACAGGUAGAGCUUCCUCCAGAAGAGGAACGCAUGGAUGAGCCAGAAUUCUACAAGGAGUAUAUCGAGAUACAGGAAGGGGCUGGCCAGCUCCCUGGCAUGGACGAUCUCAAACAGGAUAGGAGUCCAGAAAAUGUGGAAUUAGAGAAUGCAAGAUACAAAGACCAAAGUGUAGGAACAGACACACCUCAGAGGUCACCCCGCCAGCCAAGGAAACAACAGUAUGACUAUAACGAGGAGGGCAUCGAGUACAGGAAGUACCGAAAGGGCAUUCCUCACCGCUCCGUGUCGGACAGCAAUGAGAGCGAGGACGGCACCUCCGACCAGGAUUCUGAUGAAGAAGAAUCAAGUUCAGAGAGCGGAGAUAGCCAGUCAAGAGCCUCAAUCCCAAGUCAGAGCAAUCACCUUAGUUUUGAUGCUUCCAAAUCUUUUGCCGACAAUGAGAAGUCAAUUAAACGUACCAAAGAGUCGCGGGCUAGUUCCCGUAUGAGCAGUCAAACGACACCAAAGGAAAUAAUAGUUGAACAGGGUGAACAUCAGAUGUCAAGAGCCCCAACAACAGCUGUAGAACCUCAGUCCACUUUUGCUUCCAUGGAGAUUGGAAAGAGAACAAAUAAGACAGCUAUUAUACAAGUUCAGCAGUCAGUCCAGUUGGACGAGGCACGACUCGCAGAUAUGGACGUGACGGAGAGAAGAGUCGCUGUUGCUGCAGACAAGAUGGAACAACUGAGGACCGUGGAUGAUGGAGUGCUUAUCAAAAAAGCCCACGAGCAAAAUACCCUGCCUCCCCCAGCCAUCAAAGUCAGCUCCAAGGGUAAGACAGGUGUUAAGGUGGAGUGGCUGCUGCAGGAUGAGGUACUACCCGACUACACCCUCCUACUAUAUGUGGUGAACAUCGUCGGCCAGAAGUUUGGAUCCGAGUUCAGGAAGAGUGAUCAUAGUUUUGACUGUAACAUCGUGGAGGGAGACAAACAGAUCCGAGCUCAGCAGCAUUGCUGGAACGUCCAAGAUUCCCAGGAGAAGUCCAUAUUUGGUCUGAUGCCAGGAAUGACCUACAGGAUUUUUGUGAUUGCCAACUACAACACACUAAAGGGAAAUCAGCCGUAUGAGGUCCAGACCACAUCCUCUGUGAUCUACUACACCACUAUGGGUCCCCCUAGUGCCCCUCGUCUCAGAGUCUGUAGUGUGGAUCUGUAUGAGGCUACAGUGGAGUGGGACGAGCCAUCCAUGCACAAGGAGAUGUCACUGAAGGGAUACCGACUGAUGGUAGACAACAAGCCAUUCCGACUUACUCCGCCUGAGAAGAGGAGUGUCGUCAUCAACAAACUGGAGCCAGGGAAGACAAUAUGUGUACAGGUCAGGGCUGUUGCUAAGCAAGGUAACGGUAUAGAGAGUGAUGCGUCUCGUCCAAUCUAUAUCUCCUGUCCAAGAGCACCUGCUCCGGCUGCCAUCUCCCAGGAGACAUCAAUGAAAACUGGAUGUGUCCUCAUCAGCUGGAAGAAGCCUGAGAGCCAUGUACACACACCUCAGGGAGAGUCCAUCUGUUACUACCAAAUAUACCAGAAUGGUCAGAAGAGGGACAUUGUGAAACCCAACAACAAGAGUAACCACCAAGGUUAUCAUCACUACCUGUACGACCUCCCAGCUGACCAAGCAGUGGACGUAGGGGUCAAGUGUAUCGCCGGAAGCAUGAACGUUGACCCGUUCCAGGACCAGGUGUUCUGUCGUAGUGAGAGCAGAGUGUCAAAUACGCUACGUGUCAUUGCUCCCAGAGUGCCUCACUCUCCAAACCUCUACCUCGAAUCUAUGACCACCAAAGGAAUAGAGGUCACUUGGAUGACACCUCAACAGCUGGGUGAUGUCAAGCUUUCCGGUUACCGUAUGAUGAAGAAUGGACACCUGUAUGGCGGCCUGAUACCUCCCUACAUCAACAGCUGGACGAUCAGUGACACCACACUGGGAGAAUCGGUAACACUACAGCUGAUAGCCCUCACAGAACAUCCCAUCGGCAAGAUAGAGGCAGAGAUCGCUCAACGUCAAAGGACUGAACAGGACAAGAAGAUGGAGACCGCAGAAUUAACAAUGAGUCGCAGUGCUCUGAUAAAAUACUCCAAAGAUUUGCCCACGCAGGGCUGGCCUAAGAUGCCUCAGUCUGCCCGAGACCCCUUUGAGGAGCACAUGGGUGACCGAUAUGCAGGUUGUCGUCCGGGACGUAAACUGAAAGUGGUAUUUUCUGGCCUUGUCCAGCCUCCUACUGAUGUACGCAUUCACCAGGUGACAGGCCACUCCGCUCUCAUUGGCUGGACUAUAGACGAUACACGAUUCCAUUUUGUGCGCCCAGACAGUUUCCGUGUCCGAUGGUGGCCGGGGGAGGAACCCGUCGACAACAUUGUCUCUGAUGAAACUACAGAAAACAAGUUACUGAUCUCCGGGCUGCGGUCAGAUACCACCUAUAGCAUAGUGGUGGACGCAGUCAAGACCGAGAUCAUGAAGAAUGAACCGACCGAGGAUGACAAGGACAUUCCUGAGGAGGAGACUAAGAACACGUUCACCUUGACUGCGACCUCUGACUACCUGACGUUAAAGACAGCUAAACCGCCCAGUAAGCCGUCCCACUUAGGUGUCAGUGCUAACACCUGUAAUAGUCUGAGGGUAGCCUGGAAUCCUCCCAGAGAACAUGGCACCAGUGUCAUCGGUAUACGUGUUGAUGCUGUCUCCAUGGCGAAGAACGAGCCCCACCAUAUCAGCUACGAUGCCUUGCCAGAUGCUGUAUCUAUUGAUAUAGAGGGACUAAAAGAAAAAACUGAAUACCUCAUUCGUGUAACUGCUGUAACAGAUGAAUACUUUGACCGCCUUCCUGAAAAACACAAGUUCAAAAAGGCUAAGGUGUUGCCAAGGGAUGUGAUGGUGCCUCCCAUGGAAUCUCCAUGGUUGCCUAGCAACUACAUUAUUGAAAGAACCGCUGGCACAGAACCACCUGCGAAUCUGAAGGUCACCAAAUCUACAACGACCUCUAUGACAUUGUCAUGGAUAUCCCCAAUUGUUUACGGCUCAAACCGACUCAAAAACAUUAUCGUGAGGUGGACAGAUGUUAAGAAUGCUAGAAAGGGUGUGGAUGAAGUCCAAAUGUCCAGUUAUAAAACUCUAGAUCCUAAAGACACUCAAACUACCAUCAUCGACCUUGUACCAGGCACCCAGUACAAGGUUGUGGUGGAGGCUGUGGUCAGUGUAAAGACAUCGCUAGUCGAUACCAACGAUAAGGAGACAGAGAAAUACCGCCGAAUAGCCCACGUCAUGUCUAAGGCCCUGUACUGUAGGUCACGCGCACCCACUGAGGCCCCAAGUCUAUACAUCACAGAGUUCACUCAGGACACAGCACAGCUGUACUGGGAGAAGCCUCGCCUUGUGUCGGCCAUCGGACGUGAGGAGGAUGGCAAACCUAAAUACAUCCGUCGCUACUUGGAAGGGUACAAGCUGGAGAUCAAUGGUGCAACUCACUGCUGCCUUGGUCCUACCAGACAGAGCUGCUCCCUGAAGAAGUGCCGACCAGGAAAGGAGUACAAUGUCCGGCUGGUGGCCUUGACAUGUACAGACGAGGGCAAGAAAGAAAGAAAGAAAAAGUACAAGGGAUUUUAUGCCCAGCAAAACAAGGAGGAGCUAGAUUACUCCACACUGCUGAACGAUGAGGAUAACCUUGACCCUUCACCUUCUGACGAUGUGGAAAUGAUACUUCCAAGGAUACAGCCAGGUUACAUAGCCUCUAUCAAGGCAACCUUCAGGCAUGUGGAGGACACGGAAAUAAACAUGUUUGGAGAGAUCCGUGUGGAGUGGACGAUUCAAGGGGAGGCAACUCUGAUCAAAGACUUUAAUGUCCAUUACAUGAUUGAGGAUGAGGACACUGUACGACAGGUGCGAGGCGCCAGUGCCAGUGCCCGGCUGCUGUCCAUCCCUGUAGAGAGACUCAAGUCUGUGUACCAGAUCACAGUUGAGCCUAACUACUACACAGAAACACUCCCCCAUAAGGCCCAGAGUGUACAGAUUGUGGUACCUGGUCCACCUGAUGCCCCAGAAAUCUUCCUCAAGUCUGUCACCCCAGAGGAGUUUGUCAUUGAAUGGGGAGAGCCCAAACUCUGGGGAGGGGUUAAAGUUCGUGGAUACCAGGUGUACAUGAAUGAUAAGAGAGCCGGCAAUGAGCUGAGUCCAUCUCAUAGGAAGGCUGUCAUACCAUGCAGACCCAACAAGACAUACAAGAUUAACUUGGUGUCACUGAGCUCCAAACCAGAGUAUGAGGACUCACUCAAGUCCAACGUUCUCCUGGUCAACACCUCCCUCCACUCACCCCGCCAGUCCCGCGCCCUCGACGAGUGGCAGACGGAUGACACCGAUGUGCCAGUGAAGGUGGCCCAGAUAACAGACACCAGUAUUCACUUAGACUGGAGUCGGUAUCUGGAGGUGGAAGAGGUCGCCGGGUACAGGAUAGAAUGGAGCAGUGUCGCACAACCAACAAAGAAAUCCAAGAGGGGAAAACAACGAUCCCUGAACCUGGAGAGAGACAAUAACAGCUGUAUAAUAAACAACUGCCUGCCUGGUACCACUCACUUUGUCCGUCUUAUUGUCCUGGAUGACCAGGGUAAAGAACUGGAGCGUUCAAGACAGCUGACCAUACAGACCUCGGCACCUCCAGAGGCACCUAUCAUGACAGUCAGGGCCUGUAACUUCCGUUAUAUUUCUGUCCAAUGGGAGAAGCCUACGACCUAUGGUGAUGCCCUAGUAACAGGGUACAAGGUGUUUGUCAAUGGUAUCAUUGUACAUACACUUAACGCAGACCAGACAAGCUACACCUACACCGAGGGCAAGUGGUGUCACGAGUACACCUUCCAAGUCCAGGCUUUAACAGCGAUAGAGCGUCUUAACAGUAAGGUAUCUGAGCCACUAACAAUCGUCUGGCCAGGUGCCAUGAGUCCCCACCUCCAUCGCCUGCCCACACACAGCAGUUCUGUUAUACGUAUUGGCUGGGACGACCUCAACAUGUCUGAUGGUGCCAAGGUCAAACACUUCAGGGGGAUCUGUACAGAGGAAGCUACUAAUAAAGUGGUGUAUGACUUUCCGAUUCACCCAGAAAGUCGUGAAGUGGAAUUCAGUAACCUCAAAAACAGGGUCUACACCAUUCUCUUGGAAGUACAUUUGUACGGGACCAAUGAUGUCAUCCGGUCUGAUAUCCUGAGGGUCCAGCCAGCCCCAGCCCCCGACCCUCCCAGGGUCACAGUGACUGUGGUGGGACUUGACGAGAGGAGACAGCUGGAGAAAAUUACCUGUGACCUCGUCAACAAGAGAGACAGACUGAUAAGGAAGGUUGGCCACAAACUGAAGGAGAUUGGUGCUCUUUCCCAUCCCCUGAGGGCAGAGAAGAACCGUGAGGUGAUUGAGGGCGCCCACACAUUGACCAGAGUAGAGGAAUACCUAGAACAGUGUUUCCAAGCCAUGGAACACUUCACAGGUCAGCUGAUGGCCCAUAUCAGCUGGCAGUGUCCCCAGUCAAGACCAGACUUCCAGAUCGCUGGAUACAAGGUCCUUAUCGAUGGCAAACAAUAUGGCAGUCCCAUGCAUGAUGGUGUCCGCUCCAUCAGGAUCAGUUUGCCUGUAGACCAGCCCAAGUACAGACUGAGCAUGGUAUCAAUGACGGAAAAACCACAUGCAACAAGCGAAGAGUCCAAUUCUGUAGAGCUCCUGUCGGAUAACUUCCGUCCAUUUUCCUUUUACUGCUACCACAGUAUUCACCAGAAAAACAUCAGAUGGCCCAAUACUGGAUGCUGUAAAUAUCUAGAUUCCAUUAACUAUGAGAGACAACUUGCCAAGAAAUUAGCCAACCAGGGACUGCUGAAGAAGAAGGUUCCACCACCGUCCUGUAGUCUGUUGGAUAUAUUAGAUGGAGAAUACAAACCUUUCAUGGGAACACACAACAAACAGUUCCCUACUGUUGUUCUGUUUUGGACACCCUGGUGUUUGUCAUCUCAAGGCGUUAUGUCCAAUUUUGUAAGGUUUGCCCGGGAAUUCUCUACAGAGUAUAACUACAUAGCUGUGACCUGUGGUGUAGAUGCUAUGGGUGCCACAGAGAGAAAGGCUCUGAUCCACCAGAUCACCACCAAUGGUUACCGUGCCGACAAUGUCCUGUGGCAUUGUACAAGUCAGUGUGCUUCCUCUAUCCAUGAGGCCACUAAUAACUCCAUCGCAGGUCACUCCAGGAAAUUUGACGAGGGGAAUCAUAAGUUGGUGGACCUGACUGAGAUACUGGGUAUUGCUGGUGUGCCAACUCUUCUUUUUGUACACCCUGAAGGCUAUAUUGCAUGGCACGGCCGGUACAGCUCGUUUGAUUACGCUGCCUUCUCCGCCUUCAUGCGCCACACUUUCUGUGAAGUAACAGGAACAGCUUGUUCUGUGUUCAAAUGUGACAGCUGUCAAAACGACCUCAACAUUGAUGACCAGACUAUAGAACAAGUCCUACAACUGGUUCAUGAUAUACCCAUCAAGAAUGUGCCCCUCCAACGAAUGCCAGCAGAAUUCUUUCAACCAGAUGAGUCAACAAACAUCAUCGAGAACAGUCCAGAACAGAUCUUCUUCAAACGCAAGCCGAGUCCAAAGGGGCGUAGCAAGAAGAAGCGUUCAUCACAGAUAACAGUCAAUAGCCGGCCAUAUUCAGCAUCCACAUAUGUACAGCUACUUAAGAGUCCUUACAUGCAGCAGGUUGUGCCUUCUCCAAAGGUUCUCAACAGGAUGCUGAGGCCCAACAGUGCUAGCGGGGCACGCCAGUAGAUCCUCACAAAUACACUGAAAAGUUUAAAGACCACUGUAGAAUAGAGGCAAACUUUUAAAUGUCUCUAGCUAUUCAGGACCAAACUUGAUGAAAACUGUGUUAGAUGUGGAUGACUGUCUAUAGGAUAUAACAGACAGGUUGUCUCUCAGACAGGAUCUUCACUGUUGUGACUUCUUGUCAGUGCUUUUUUGACAGGAACCUUUAACACUCUGUGCCAAUUGUACAAAAAAUGUCGUAAUUUAUGUUUAUUUUGGAAACACAGUACUGUCUGCUUAUUCCUGAAGAUACUUAAGGUGUUUAUCAAACUAACGGUUUUACUCUAACAAAAUCUCCUGUUGUUAUGCAGCAGCAAAUAUAUGACCACUUUCUUCGACAAAUAUUCCUUUGAGAUAUAUAUAACAGCUUUUAUUUACCCAGAAAAUAAAUUCAUAUAUUAAACUCAUUAUCAUGUUCUAUAAAACGUUUUUUUGUGAAAAGGUGAUGGGUUUUUGUGUGUACCCAGAGAAAUAGACAUUUUAAUAUACAUUUUGUAUAUGCAUUGUUUUUGAUCUUUUUAUUUGCAAAGAGACUAUUUAAUCUUUUACAUGGUAAAAAGUUCAAAAAACGUGUUCAGUUUUACAUUUUCUCAAAGAUCUACGGGGGUAAAUGUCUCAAUUUGUAAUUGUGUUACUUUUAUGGCAUUAUAAGUUCUCAGUGCCGAAUAGUAAUUCGAAGUAACAGAUAGAUAUUUUUUUCCAAUAUUUAAUGAGCAUACUAUCUUUGGUAGUAGCACUUGUGAACUGGUCAUAGAUAUUUUUGUGCCAUAGUCCUUUCAUGAAUAUGUAAAGUGGCGAAGUUUAUGUUAGGUUAGAUAAGGUGUGUGUGUGAGUGAUAAAUGUAUUUGAUUAGAAAGGUUGUGGGAGUGCUUGUUUAUUUACCGCACAUAAGUUAUUGGAGUAUAUUCUAUAGGGUAUAUUUACUGGAACAUGUUUCUAGUUUGAAAAUUGUUAAAUCUUCUGUUUAAAGAUUUAAUGAAAAUUUUACAAUAAUUAAGUGAAUUUUUGCUGUUGAUGGUGAAGAUACUUUUAAUUUGUCUGUAGUAGCUGGUAUAUGAAUGUUUCAACUACAGCAAAUAUAACCUAUUAAAUCUGUAUUUCCAUAUCUAUUCACAAAUAAGCCCCACCCACAAAUAAGCCCCAACUUAUUUUUUGCAGAAUCAUCAAUUUUAAAAUACUAAGCUAACAAUGGUUCACAAAUAAACCCUCCUCGAUCUAUAAUACUUCAAUUUUACAUUAGAGGAGGGGGCUUAUUUGAGGAUAAAUGCGGUAUGCUUUUAUUGUUGCUGUCGCAGACUUUAGUCAAGAUUUCUCAUGAUAUGCAGAUGAGCUAGAAAGUCAACAUCUGUAUAUUUUACCAUCCAUAAUGUGUAUAUAAAUUUGGCUGUGAUAUUAUCAAUUUGUUAUAGAACCAGUAUUCUAAUUAAAGUUUAAAGAAAAAAGUUUAUUAAUGAAUUAUACGAUAACAUACCUGUGAUAUUUGUAUAUCUUAGUUAUGUGUUGAUGUUCUUUGUAUGCAUGAGAUGUACAUAUUGUCUAGAAAUAUAUUUAAAGGCAGGGUAUUGUUUGGAUUCUAUUUUAAAAAAUCCUAAAUUUAUUUCUGUGAUUGAUAUGUUUCAUGAUCACAUAUAUAUUUGCUUAUGAUUUUAAUAAAAUAUUUAAUAAUUUCUCAUAAAAAUCAAUUUUUACAAAAAUUAUCAUUCUUCAAUUUUGUAGAUAUGUUUAAAUUGUGUGAACAAAUACAUUCCUGCAAGUGCAAAUACAUUCUCUUGCACAUAAGCGUUUUUAAAUGCUAGUAAUUCAUAUACAUGUAUCAAAUCAUGUAACCUUGAUCUAGAGACAUAAAUGAAAACUACUGAUUUAAUAAUGUGAAAUAUACAGUUAUUAAAAUUAAAUACUGUAUACACCAUUUGAUAUUGUGAACAAUGGAAAGUGUAGACUACGUAAAGUUUACCCUGGUUAAAUGAAUGUAGAGUUGUUUAGUGAAUGCUAGCUAGAUCAUGCCAUGUAUAUCACUGGGAAAGGUCAUGUGAUUAUAUUAGGACAUCUGGCAUUUCCUAUGAGCAGCUUUUGACAUCAAUAAAUAUUUGUUUAAUUUGUUAAUGAUCUUUUUUAUUUGAUAUUUUUUAACUUCAGUUUAUUUUGAAGAGAGCAUAUCUGCCUUUAUAUUAAAAUCUUACUUAAUCCAUCCAUUAAUGAAAAGUUUUACUUUAAUUUCCGUCCAUUAACUAUGUGAUAAUGAAAACUAAUAUACGGUAUGCUAUAUUUGCUGUUAAGACUUUUUACUUAUCAAAACCAAACAAUUGAUAAGUUGUGAUUACAUUAUACAGUACGAAGUUAUGGUGUACUGUACAUUAUACAGUACAAAGUUAUGAUGUACUCUACAUGGUCCCCGAGACAUGAUGUACAUUAUACAGUACCAAGUUAUGAUGUACAUAAUAUAUCAUCCUUUACUGGUUUUACACCUGUUAAAAGAUAUGGCGAGUAAUCUCUGUGAUAUUGAUAUAUAAAUAUUUCCAUCUCCUGCACCGUCAUUGUCGGAAAUGUUUUCUGUGGGACUAACGAGAAUGGAUGGUCCCACUUUUACUAAUAAGUUGACAGACAAAUUUUGCGAGUGUAUGGAAAGCUUAUAUUGGAUAUAUGUAACAUGUCUGGUGUUUUUUUUAAGAGCUUCAUAAUCAAAUAGAGUAGAAUGUAAGGUAUUUGAUUUUUUUCAUGCUUUUUUCGGAUUAAAAUGUCUAGAUAAGAA